AUGGAAAAUAUUGCAUUCUUCGACAACCUGGAAAAUCUCCAAAAGAAGGCUUUGCUAGCAAUGGAAAAAAUGAAGAAUUUGGGAGAAAACAAGAUUCAAAAUGUGAUCAAGGAAGCUGAUUCGAUUUUGAUGUGCCCAAAAGAAGUCUUCGAGGCUGGAGUCACCUUGGAUGUUCGGACUUCAAAAGCAUCUAUUCCGCAAGAAUCAACAGUGAGAUCCGAGAAUCCAAUAAUCUUCGAGAACCAGGCUCAUCAAGAUAAUGUCAAGUAUCCUCUGGUAGAAGACGAAGCUCCUGAUGAAUCUGCUGGUUCGGAAACAGUAGAAUCGGAAAUUUCCACAACGAUCUCACUGAUCAAGAAUUCCGCAUCUGCAUCCACUGAAAAGACAAUUCCAGAAAAUCCAAGAACUAUGGAAGCUUUGACGAUUCCAGACGCAUCGAGAAUCAUAUGUUCAGCAGAUAUGGGAGGAUCAGAAGAGGACACAAUUGCGUUAGCUAAGCAAGACCUUCUCAUUCUGCAGAACCACAAGAUCCAAACUUCAACCUUGCUAUGCAACGGGAAAUGGGAAGACUACAGAAGAUGCAUGAAGAAAUGCACAAAAAUCCAUUUUAAGUUUCAACUUCCAUGGUUCAAAGCUCUUCAGCCAGCGCGCCCAAGACAAUUGAUGCAUCACUUGCUCCUAAUUUUCCCAUAG